AUGACACAGCAAGCUGACGGGGAGCCAUUGGUCUCCUCCCUUUGGACGAGGUCCCUCCUGUCCGGUGCCGUUGCCGGUUUGACCGUUGACUGCUCCCUCUACCCCCUCGACACUAUUAAAACCCGACUCCAAAAAGCACGCGACACCACCGCACCCCAAGCCCCCCGCCUCUCCCUGCGCCAAACGAUCCGCGGUAUCUACGCAGGUCUCCCCUCCGUUCUCUUCGGCUCCGCACCCUCCGCCGCAUCCUUCUUCAUCGUCUACGACGGCGUCAAGCGCUCACUUCUCCCGCCGUCCGCUUCCUCCUCCGAACCCCCCUCCCGCGCCCAUGUCUUCUUUACACACUCCCUCGCUUCCUCUCUCGGUGAGAUCUCUGCCUGCGCCGUACGUGUACCAACGGAGGUAAUCAAGCAGCGAGCUCAGGCCGGUCUCUUCGGGGGCUCCAGUUUGCUUGCGCUCAAGGAUAUCUUAUCCCUCCGCCACGCCGUGCCGGAGACACAGACCGGUUCGGGCACUGCUGUCCCGGUCAAGCGCGGUUAUGGCCAGGUCAUUCGUGAACUCUACCGCGGUGCUGGUAUCACGAUCGCCCGCGAGAUCCCCUUCACCGUCCUCCAAUUCACCAUGUGGGAGUCGAUGAAAGCCACCUACACCCAACGGUACCUCCGGCGCGAGGAGGGCGCUUCGACGAAAGCGUCGCAAAUCCCGGCUACCACGAGUGCCAUGUUCGGUAGCGUAGCCGGUGCGAUUGCGGCCGGUCUGACGACCCCGCUGGACGUGAUCAAGACGCGGGUUAUGCUGGCGCGUCGUGGAGACGGCGGUGUAGAUGCUCCUGUCCGAGUCAAGGAGAUUGUGCGAGGAAUUGCGAAUGAGGGUCUUGGUGCAUUCUGGCGCGGAAUUGGGCCGCGGGUUGCGUGGAUUGGAAUUGGCGGAGCAGUGUUUUUGGGAAGUUACCAGUGGGCGUCGAAUACGCUUGAGGGGGCGAAGAAGGAGGAGGACGAAUGA